AUGAAUCAGGAUGCAUCAUCAGGAUCUCGCCAAAGCCCGAGUGGCACCAUGCACAGUUCAGACUCGGGUAGCCAGUCAAAGCUCCCGUCGAAACGCGCUUCCAGAGCCGGAACGCGUAGUGUCUCUACCCUUUCGGCCGCGCAGUUGGAGAGAAAGCGUGCAAACGACAGAGAAGCACAGAGAGCCAUUCGCCAAAGAACAAAGGAUCACAUCGAGAACCUCGAGCGACGGAUCAGCGAAUUGACUGGCACUCAGGAAGCCAGGGAAAAGCUCUACCUGACUACACAGCAACGUAAUCGAGAGCUCGAAGAAGAGAACGCGUACCUUCGAAGCAGGCUUUCGGGCGAGACAUUUACCAUCAAUGUCAAUGAGAGUGAUGUUUCAGACAAAGCACCACCACAAUACAGUGUCUCUGCACCCGAGUCUUCUCCUCAGGCUCACCUGAGCGCCGCUGUGAACAUUCCCAGACCCUCAUCUUCGGCCACGAGUCGAAGUAUUCCCCAACCAUCGGAAGCCUGGAGGCAACAGAACCAGUACAGUCCUGGUAGCGGCCCAGCUUCAGCAUCGUUUAUGCCUGAAGGUGCACAGCACACUGCUGGUCAGGGUGCUGCGUCCUGGAGGGCCCAGGAUGUCGCUUCAGCCCCUUCGUACGGUUAUCAGGUUCGCCAGAGUGACCGGCCAACAAACUACCCCUCUCCAGCACAUCAAAUGACCUACCCGGGCCAUUCACAAGCAGCCCAAUUCCAACAAGCCAUCACUGCUCAAGCACCUGUACAAGCCUCUGUGACGCCGGCCUUCCACAAUGCUGGGAUUGGAGCCCAUCCCGACUUCCAAAGCAUGCCUCAAUACGCCGCUUCUUCAAAUGCUGCAUACCACGACCAGCAGAACCACGCCAGCUUUGUUCCUAGUGCACCACCCGUGUCAUCGGCUGCCGCUGAUUUCCAUGGUGCACCUCGCAGCUUGGCUCCUCCUGCUUACAACCCAAACAUCGGAUCUGGUCACUUCAUGCCUGGACAAUCUUCGCAAGCCCACACACAGCACAUGGGGUUCCGUGAGGGCACAAACCAACAUGGAUAUGGUUACGAUGCAUGA